GGCAAAACGGCGCGUUUGGUUUUCACCAAUCGUCUGCGCGCUCUCUCUCUCUCCACUGUUCAGCUCCGGCUGUCUUGAGAGAAUGAGGCCCCAGAUCGUGCUGUUUGGAGAUUCGAUAACGCAACAGUCGUUUAGAUCAGGUGGAUGGGGAGCUGCUCUUGCUGACACUUACUCUCGCAAGGCUGAUAUAGUAAAUCGUGGGUAUGGUGGAUACAAUACCAGAUGGGCUUUGUUCUUGCUGCAUCAUCUUUUCCCUUUGGUCUCUACAAAACCUCCUGUUGCUGCAACAGUUUUCUUUGGGGCUAAUGAUGCAGCUCUUUUGGGGAGAUCGAGCGAACGACAACAUGUUCCUAUUGAAGAGUACAAGGAGAAUCUCAGAAAAAUUGUUCGUCAUUUGAAGGAAUGCUCCCCCACUGUGCUAAUUGUGCUGAUCACUCCACCACCAGUUGAUGAGGCUGGGCGUAAAGAAUAUGCUCAAUCUGUAUAUGGAGAGAAAGCUGAUGAACUGCCUGAAAGGACAAACGAAGUGACAAGACUAUAUGCCGAGCAGUGCAUUGAGCUGGCAAAGGAAAUGGGUCUCUGCUCUGUUGAUCUAUGGUCAAAAAUGCAGGAAAGGGAGGGUUGGCAGAAGAAAUUCCUAAGUGAUGGGUUGCAUCUGACACCAGAAGGCAAUGCAGUAGUACACCAAGAGGUUGUGAGACUUUUCAAUGAAGCAUGGCUUUCUGCUGCAGAAAUGCCAUAUGACUUUCCUCACCACUCGGAAAUCGAUGGAAAGAAUCCUGUGAAAGCGUUCCAGCAACAAUGCUUAUGAUCUUGUUGCCUCCGACACCUAAAGUUGGAUUCUUGCUUAAACUCCCCCCCCCCCCCCCCCCCCCCCCCCCCCCCCCCCCCCCCCCCCCCCCCCCCAAAUCCAAAAAAAAGGGUACGGGGUUUCGCUCCAUUUGGUAAUUGAUUCAUGGAGAAUUAUUUGUUAUUUUUGCUAUUGGUCAUUGUAAGCGGCCAUACCGUGACACUAUUAAUGUAUACAUGUUCAUAUGGCUUGAUGCUUUCUAGUUUCUAUGGAAAUUAAAACUAGUAUGUAAAUUUGGCUGAACA